AUUAGCAUGAUACACACUACGUAUUUGGGAAAAAAAAAAUUGUGGUUUUAGUCUUCUACAUAUUCUUUUGCAAAAAUAUUUGAAGUCCAUUUGUAAAAACAAAAUUAUUCCACGUGUACACCAAAUCUUCAAACCGGUAAGUACUAACAGCGUUACAGUACAUAUUUGCAUAUUCCAUAAAAAAAAAACAGCUUCUUCUUCUUCUUCCGUCUCCUCAACACACCAAACCUUCAAAGCGUACUCUCAUAAUGGCGGAAAACGGCAUCACCGACCCUCUACUCCCUCCAUCUUCCUCCUCUGACCACAUAAUCCUCAACCUCUCCGAAUCCCAACGGCCUAGCGAUUCCCCCAACCCCUUUCAGUUCAUCGGAUGCUCCGAACCCCCAAGCGUUCCUCCUGCUUCAACCGUAGACCCCUUCCGAAACGGCACACAGAACGUGGAGGGAGUGUACGAGUGGGUGAAAAUCGUUGCAUGCUUGCCUUUGGCGCUGGUUCGAGUGGUUGUGUUCGGAGCGUGCUUGAUGGUAGGGUACUUGGCAACGAAGUUUGCGCUUUGGGGGUGGAAGGACAAGGAGAACCCUAUGCCCACGUGGCGCUCUAGGGUUAUGUGGGUUACCAGAGUCUGCGCUCGCCUCAUUCUCUUCUCUUUCGGGUAUCAAUGGAUAAAACGAAGGGGAAAACCUGCUCCAAGGGAAAUUGCUCCGAUAAUUGUAUCUAAUCAUGUAUCUUAUAUUGAACCUAUUUUCUACUUCUAUGAAUUAUUUCCCACCAUUGUGGCAUCUGAGUCUCAUGACUCCAUACCUUGUGUUGGCACCAUUAUUAGAGCAAUGCAGGUCAUAUAUGUCAACAGAUUCUCACCAUCAUCAAGGAGGGAGGCUGUCAAUGAAAUUAAGAGAAGGGCUUCCUGCAAUGGAUAUCCCCGAGUACUAUUAUUUCCUGAGGGAACCACGACAAAUGGCAGGUGCCUUAUUUCCUUCCAGCUUGGUGCUUUUAUCCCCGGCUACCCAAUUCAGCCUAUAAUUGUUCGAUAUCCCCAUGUGCACUUCGAUCAAUCUUGGGGUAGUAUCUCUUUGGGAAAGCUCAUGUUCAGGAUGUUCACUCAGUUUCACAAUUUCUUUGAGGUAGAAUAUCUUCCUGUCGUUUAUCCCCGGGACGAUAAAUUGGAAAGUGCUGCACAUUAUGCUGAAAGGACUGGCCAUGCUAUGGCAAGUGCACUGAAUGUUGUCAACACCGGACAUUCGUAUGGAGACCUAAUGCUUCAUGUGAAAGCUCAAGAAGCAAAACAGGAUAACCCCUCAAGUUAUAUGGUCGAAAUGUCAAGAGUAGAGAAAUUAUUUAAGUUGAGCAGCACGGAAGCCUUGGAUUUUCUGAAUAGAUUCCUUUCUAUGAAUCCUGAUCCCAGUGGUCGUGUUCAAUAUCAUAACUUCUUGAGAGGUUUAAAACUUAAGGCAUGCCCUGUGUCUGAGAAGAUAUUUGCAUUCCUUGAUGUCGAAACGAGUGGCGCAAUUACAUUUAGACAGUUCUUGUUUGGAUCCGCCCAUGUCAUGAAGCAGCCAGGGUUCCAUCAUUCCUGCGAAUCGGCCUUUUCUAGUUGUGGCGGUGCAGUAAAGGACUACAUCAUAGAAAAAGAAUUGCGAGAUUUUAUCCGACCUGCUAUCCCCGGAUGGAAAGACGAUGAGGUCCAUGAGCUGCUUGUGUUAUUUGAUCAUGAUAAUGAUGGCAGAAUUGGUAAGGAUGAUUUUCUUUCAUGUCUUAGAAGAAAUCCUCUCCUCAUAGCAUUCUUUAAUCCUCACCAACUGCACCACCACACAGACAUUGGAGGUAGUGUGGUUAAGUUUAUCCAUGGCUUUUUUUAG